AAAAAUAAGCCUUCUAUGCUUAGAACAUCUUUUUCUCCAAGAAUUUCUCAUAUAGUUUCGAAAUUGUAUGAAAAUAUAGAAACACGUACUUCAGAGUCAUUGGAUUGGUUUAAUGUACUUAUUGCGCAGGCUAUUGUUCUGUUUCGAAAUGAUUAUGAUUUUAAAGAAGCGCUCUUAGUCUAUAUGAGUGAUAUUUUGAAUGGUACAAAUAAGCCAAGUUUUUUAGGUCACGUUAAAGUAAUUGAUAUGAAUUUGGGUGAAGAAUUUCCUAUCUGUAGUAAUUGUCGAAUUGUUUCGUGUUCCAGUAAUCCAGAACGCCUUAAUGCUGUUAUGGAUGUUAACCUUGUUGAUCAAAUUACACUUGGUAUUAAAACACAAUUUUUGUUGAAUUAUCCGAAAUAUGAAUUUGCUGUUUUACCUAUUGAACUUUCACUUUCAAUUAUGCGAUUUUCUGGCACACUUUCUAUUUCUCUUAUUCCAUGCGAGAAACAGUUAAAUGCAUCUAAUAUUGCUGCAUUUAUUUUUUCUUUUUCGCCUGAUUUUCAAUUGGAUAUAGAUGUACAUUCAUUAGUUGGUUCACGAUCAAAAUUGCAGGAUAUUCCUAAGAUUUCGCAAUUUUUAGAGUUUCGUAUUAGAAACUGGUUUAUGGAGAAUUGUGUAGAACCUCAUUUUCAACGUAUAAAUAUCCCAAGUAUUUAGUCAGCAACAAAUGAACAUUUGAAGUCUCGC